AUGCGCGAGUGGAUACACCGGCGGGUGAGCCAUGGGAUAAGGGGUGAUUGUUAUGGGAUGGUGCCGGUAAGCAAUGGGGGGGGCCGCGAGGAGGGGAGAAGGGGGAUUAGAAAAGACCGAGGGAUAGAGGGUGCUGGCACAGGACAUGCGCGAGUGGCCGGCCUGCGGGUGGGCGAGAGGGGCAGAGAAGGGGGGGAGGGAAUACGGGGGAUAUGGAAGGAAGGGUUAAGAGGCGAUGGGGGGAAGAAGAUGGCAAGGGUUCAGGAACGUGAGGUCUAUGAAGCAGGAUGUAGGGGCUCUCUCCUCUGCUCUUUGUCACCCCAUUCUUCCCCUAACCCUCCCCCCCUCCCCCUGCACGCCUCUUUCCAACGCCUCUUCCCCACUCCUCUCGCCCACACCACUCCACCACACCUACUCCCCACUCCCUCUCUCCUACCCCUCUCCCCCACGCCUUUCCCCCACGCAUUUCCCUCACCCCUCUCUCCCACCUCUUUCCCCCAUGCAUUUUCCUCACCCCCCUCUCCCCCCCCCACCCCUUUCCCCCACGCAUUUUGCUCACCCCAUUCCCCCACCCACCCCCUUCCCCCACGCAAUUUUCUCACCCCUCUCCCCGUUCAAGAGGAUGCUGAUUUAAGAGUGAAGAGCACCGUGGCAGGGUGCACUAGCCCCUCCGAUUCUCCAUCCCGAUUGCCAUCCGCACCUCUCCAGGUGAACACAGUGCAGCAAGCAGCGUCCAUCACACUGCUCCAAUCCGCCUAUCCUGCAUCACCUCAUUGCUCUCUCUUGCUCCCUCUCACCACCCUUCUCCCCUAUCACCCACCAGUGUGCAUAGUCCUGUCAGUAGCAUCCACCCCCUGCCAUCUCUACACCCACACAUUGAUCAGCAAGCCCUCAUCUCUACACUGA